AAGGAAGGAAGGGUGGAAAAAGAAGUGAUGGCAAGUAAGAAAGCUACAUUUGCUGUGCAGAUUUGUGGUACAGCGAUUUGGGACUUUUUGAACGUUUGCUGUUUGAAUGACUGCACUGCAAAAGGAGAGUAGGAGGGAGACACUUAAGAACCUGCUGGACAAGGUCACAGCAGACUGAUGCCUGUGGUCAGACUGACGCAGACUCUGGAGAGCAGUAGCGUGGAUGAAGACUUGUGUAACCUAAAGGAGAUCUGCAAACUCUUGGAAGGAAAUCGACUGAGACAAAGGAAUAACUUUAGUUGGGACACAUAUAGCUAAGAUGUGCAAAGGGACCGAGAAGGAGGCAGUAAUGCAAUAUCACCUGCCAGCUGUUGUAGAACACCAAAAAAGAAGUUAAGGAAGAUACAGAAAAGUGGCGUGAGAAGUGAGUCAGCAGAAAGGCCUAUGAGGCUUGGGCAUUCACAGUGUGCAUGUCCCCAUAUCUGAGGAAUGCCACAGGCCACCUGUUGUUUCAUUCAUGCGGCGCAUGGAAGCUAACAGCAUCGCACCAGAAGAUCUGGACUCCACAGCCAACAACUUUGAAAUGCUAACUCAAUGGAUCCAAUCAGCAGUCUUUGGAAAAGUGUUUGUAUAGAUUGAUUGUUUCCAAAGAGUGUUCUGGAUGACAAAGUUUUUUGACUAAGCAGCAGCAGUCAUCUACAGUUACAUGUGUGUGUUACAUGCAUUCUAGUCAGGAUUACAGUCUUGUCACAUGAAACUGUGCAUGCUGUUUAGUCUGAGGUGGAUAAUCCACUCCUGCAUUCAGAGGCCGUAGGCAGCUGCUUUUCAUAUUAUUUGAGUUAACUCCUGGGACCAGAUGUUCCUCAACACAGUGCUGGUGGUCCUGACGGACCUGGCAGCCCAUCUCCUGGGUAACACUGUGUUCCGGAAGCACUUCCACCUGCUGCUAUCUGCCGUGGUGAUGUUUGGUCCUGCACUGAGCUUCUGGGUCUCCAGCCACAGUGUCUUUGCCAGGAGGAGCCACUUCCUGUACAGGCUGUUCCUGCACUCCGGCUGGGGCUGGACCUGCAUCUUUGUCGGUUCCUUCGUCUUCCUCCUCUCCUUCUCCAUCCGUCGUUCACUUGCUCUCUCUGUCCGUCACCUCUCCAGGCUUGGAUUGGCUGGGGGUCUGUGGCUAGGCUUCUGCAAACUCCUGGAUUAUCUGGAGAACACAACAGGAAGCUGCUAUGAACCUAUGCUCAGUGGCCCGGAGGCCACCAUCGGCCAGCCUCUGCUGGUGCUGCGAGAAGGGGAAAGUAAGUCUGAAUGUCUGAAAGCUGGGAUGCUAUGGAGAGGAUAUGAGGUUUCAGAGGACAUCUUCCUCCUUUGUCUGUGCUGCCUGGUGCUGGCAGAGGAGACGGCCGUGUUUGGUCCAUACCUGAGCUUGGGAGGGAUCUCCGAUGCUCCUCUGAGGAUCCUCUUUCUCUUCUGCGUUCUCCUGCUGGGACUAUGGAUCUUUCUGCUUCUCUGUCUCUUAGCUUACUUCCCAAAGUUCCCUGCCCAGCUGCUGGGGGGCGCUCUAGGUUGCCUGAGCUGGAGGGGACUGUAUCAGGGUUGGUACCGUGUGGGGCUCAGCUGGUGCUGUCCGGGACGCCCUGGACUGGGGCUGCUCAACAUCAAGACUGAGACGUCAGAUGCUGAAGGCAAACCACUGAACCACAAUUACUGCAAUUAACUGAAAAAAAACCAAAAGACUUUGCAAAGUUCAAGCUAGUUGUGGUUGAAGUCGUCAUUUCCUAGUACCUAGUUUCAAAUAGAAUCUCCUCAAGCCCCAGAACUCAGAACAAGAAGAACGCUGUGCUGUUAAUAGCAAACCACUGGUAUCGCUAACAGUAGCUAGCCCAAGAUAAGUUUGCAUCCACAUUUUUGUUUUCUCCAACUUUUCAACUGGAAAAAUAUCAACUCCAUGUAUUACUCAAAAAUGUUGCUGAGGGAGUUCGCCUGACAAGGAAUCUGCAGCUGGGUUUCGGCAUCUGAAUCUGGUGGUGAAGAUGCAGAUUUGAACCUGCCAUGCUUACCUGAUUCUCUUUCCCUUCCCAUUUUUCAGACGCCCUCAGCAAAUGUAAAAGGAACUGUGACAUCAUAAUUCAAGAUGGCUGAUCCAAACACUAACGAUGUGAAAGUUGUGAAAGUCUUUUCUAGCCAUUAGUCAUGUUUGUGUCCAAAUUGAAUAAACUGUACAAACACUA